GUCAGUGACCUGGAAGCAGAUGCCGGGAAAUGCCAACAAUGGGGAGUGGUUGGGGCAGUAAGAUGGCGGCCAGCGUCAGGGUCAUUCAGGUUGUGAAACCACGUGCUCAAUUAAUUAAAUUUCCCAAUAGGAAAGCCUGGCCUCAACCCAGUGUGCAAGAAGCUCUCAAAUCAUUGAACAUGGAAAUGCCAGAAUCCCAAGGACAACACCCUAAAGCAUCAAGUUCACCAGUACCAGCAUCAACACCCGUUAACCGAUUGCCUGGUAGACCUGACACUAUAGAUCUAGUAAAAGCAUUACCGCAGAAAUAUCGAAGGCGACCAGUACCCUUAGAGGAAAUGGAGUAUAUCCAGCGUGGUGGACCUGAAUAAGCUGACCUCAUACUUCUAUCACAUAUCAGUGGCUUCUUCUAUUAUCUUUUGGUUGCUGACUUUAUGCAACUUUGAAGCUGUUCAUACACAAUAUCUGCCAAUUCGUGUAACCAUUUUUGCCAUUUUGCGAAAUAAAUGCUCAGAAGAUCAAUAGCUGUGUAUAUAAUGUUCAAUAAAGGACACAACGGUUAUAAAUUGUAAUGUCAAAGACAUCUCGGUAUGAUACUUGAACUGUCUCGUGUGAUGUGCAUGGGAAGGUCUGGUAAGCAUCUUUGUAUAUUUUAACUUAUUUGGGUGUUCUGGUUGUAAUAAAAUUCAGAGAAGACCA